AUGGCGACCCGACCAGCGCAGGCAGAAGACCCGACUCACCCAUCCAUUCCCGGCCUCAUUGCUCCCUCCUCCGGCCACUCUCCCUUUGCCCGCCUCCCGCUCCCAGCCUCCUUCUCCGCUUUCUCUUCGACCUCUGAUCCGCUCGCGUCGUCCUCGCCUUACGUCACCGACCAGCCUCGAUCAGCCCUGAACCAGGCUUUCGGCGGAGGAUCGUAUGUCCCGCCGUCUGAGCGAGGGAGGGUGAACCCUGCGACGGUGCAGGCCAGUAGCAGUGCUGCUGGAGCGAAAGGGAAGGAGCCGGCGCAGGGAGAUCCGCGGGGACAGACACUCGAGGAGAUGUACUCGGCGCCGGAGAACACGCUCGAGAUCGAAGUCCGCGAUCCGAGGACGCAGGAGUUCGGCCGCAAGAUGUUCACCGACUACGAGAUCAUCUGCCGAACGAAUAUUCCCGCCUUCCGCGUCCGCUACUCGUCCGUCCGCCGACGAUACUCGGAUUUUGAGGCGUUCCGCGACAUCCUCGAGCGCGAGUCGCAGCGAGUCAACAUUCCGCCAUUGCCGGGCAAGGUAUUCAGCGGGAGUCGCUUCUCCGACGAGGUCAUCGAGCAGCGCCGGGAAGGUCUCGAGCGGUUCUUGCAGAUUGUCGCGGGCCACCCGCUACUUCAGACAGGCUCAAAAGUCCUCUGCGCUUUCUUGCAGGACCCGAGCUGGAACCCCGCCAACUACUGA